AUGACCCCUACUGACUUCCUCAGGAGUGGUUCACCUCAGUUUAAUAGAAAUGUCAAUGCGUUGGAGGCUGAUCGGUGGUUUCGAGAUGUAGAGAGAUUUUUGUACACUCAGCACGUUCCUGAAGUACAGUCAGUGGAAAUAGUGACCCACAUGAUGGAGGGAGAUGCUCAGAAAUGGUGGCAGGAGUUAUGUCAUACUUUGCAGACAGAGUUAACAUAUGUUCCUUGGAAUAGAUUCAAGACGAAAUUUUACGAGAAAUAUUUCUUGCAUGCAUUUUGCACUGCAAAGGAGUUGGAGUUAAUGCAGCUGAAGCAAAAGAAUAUGUCGGUUGCUGACUAUACCCGUGAAUUCAACAACCUGUGCCGUCUCUCAAGAGUUUGUCAAGGAAAUCCAGCUGACUAUGAGGAGUGGAAGUGUGCUCAGUAUGAGAAAGGACUUAGGAGAGACACAUUUAACUACGUGUAUCCGCAAAGGUUAACGAAUUUCAUUGAAUUGGUUAAGAAAAGUCAAUUUGCAGAAAAUCACUCUAUGAAGUGGGCGAUGUUACAGGAAGGCUAUGGAGAGACUGCUCCAGAUGAGUCGCAUAGAGCCGGGCUAGGUGAAUGUUACGUGUAA